AUGCCACUCCACCAAAAAAAACAGUCGUAUGACGAAAUGAAAAUGUGCAAGGUCCAAAUGAACAGACUCUUCAGAGCUGAUCUACACUCUAACAUUCCUGGCUUCAACCUCGUCAAAUUACUGCCUUUUGUUGCAGCUAUAGAGCCAGAACACACUAUCCAGUCAUUGGACAAGAACUUGGCUGGCUCUAGUCAGUUCGAUACUGACUUCAGGUGCUUCUUCACAAGCCAGCACUUACAAGUUGUGCAUAGCUAUUUUCUUUUGGUACGUGGUGCUACAGAAGACAAUUUAAAAGCACACGUUGAUUUGAACAGCGAGGAAGAGCAGCAAGAUUUUUUGGAAGAAGAGGAGACUUUGGAUGAAGAUGUUCCAGAAAUAAUGUUGAGUCAGCUCAUGCCCAUCAUAAAACUCUUGGUUUUCAACAAUAAUACACUUUUAUAUUUAGAAAAUGCUAAACAUAAGUCUCAUAAUUUCUCUAUCGCCGAAAAGUUAGUAUACUCUUUGAUUUUCAAUACUUUGAAAAAGUUCUUGGCUCAGAAAAAAAAACAAUAUCACAUAAUUGCGUAUCAAAUCUACUUACACAUCCUCACAAACGAAGUUCUUACAUAUGCCCGUUAUGCAAAGCUUAUUCGCGUAAUAUACCCUCCGGCAUUUGUUUUAUCAUCGAGUGCACUACACCUGGACUAA